GCGGUGCCGCCUCCGGCCGCCAGGGGGCGGCGUGUCGCUGCUGAGCCGGCAGCAGGUGCGGGGAGGGCCCUCUUGUCCCGGGCGGAGUGAGCGCGGCGGCAGCGGCGGGAGAGAGAGAGAGGGGGAGAGAGAGACAGAGAGAGACGGAGAGAUGGCGUCUGGCAGUGGGACAAAAAACAUGGACUUCCGCAAGAAGUGGGACAAGGAUGAAUACGAGAAACUGGCACAGAAACGGUUGUUGGAAGAGAGAGAGAAGCGAGAUGCCAAGCCUCCCACUCCCGUUAAGCGGGAGCUUCUGCGUCACCGAGAUUAUAAAGUUGAUUUGGAAUCGAAACUGGGCAAAACCAUCGUCAUCACCAAAACAACGCCACAGUCGGAGAUGGGAGGAUACUAUUGCAAUGUCUGUGACUGUGUGGUGAAGGAUUCCAUCAACUUCUUGGAUCACAUCAACGGCAAAAAACACCAAAGGAACCUGGGCAUGUCUAUGAAGGUGGAGCGUUCCACCCUGGACCAGGUGAAGAAACGUUUCGAGCUAAAUAAAAAGAAAAUUGAAGAGAAACAGAAGGAGUACGACUUUGAAGAGCGGAUGAAGGAGCUGAGGGAAGAGGAAGAGAAAGCUAAGGCUUACAGGAAGGAGAAGCAGAAGGAGAAGAAGCGAAAGGCAGAGGAAGAGCUGACGUUUGAGGAAGACGACGAGAUGGCGGCUGUCAUGGGUUUCUCUGGCUUCGGGUCAACAAAGAAGAGCAGCUGACCGACCCCACAGGACCCACUCGGUACUGCCUUUGGCGCUCCAUUGACUGAAUUUACCUCCUCCUCUCCCUCCAUGCCCCACCAGGCAGUGGCAAUCGCUGUGCUUAAAUGUGGACGAACCGAACAUGUCACGGUUGUGGAAGGGUCCUGGAUUGGCAAAGUUGCAGUGGCCCUUUUCCUAGUUUGAAAUGCAUUUUUUUUUGUUUUAAAAGAAGGAAAAAGCGCAUGGUUCACGGCUGUGUGUGGAGCAGAUUCAGCCUCGGGAGCAGUGUAGACGUCAUGCCUGUGGGUGAGUUAGCACAGCUGGGAGAUUUGGACUGUAGGAACCCAGUGUCUGGUCCUGUGGUGAACUGUAAGGUUCUGAGACUACCCCAACUCUUUCCCAUGUAUUUAUUGUAAUGUGCAAACUUUUGAGGGGGAAGUUUUUUUAAGUUUCAAGUUUGUGUUAAUUUUAAGAGGGAGACAAAGUGUAGAAGGAUUGCUGCUUCGUCCCAACUGGGGUCAACUGGGUAGAUCAGCUGGGUCAGGCUUACGACCAGAAGCCUUUGGACUUGAAUCGUGGUGGGUCUCACUUAGCCUUUCAACAUCAAUAUAAAAUCACCACAUCCAAGAAUGUUAUCGAGAAGGGAAGUGGGAACGAUUGAAGCAAAGGUUUCUUGUCAUUGCAAAAUUAUAGAUUUUUUUCUCCAUAUAUAUCUAUUGGGAGUAUUUUGACCCAGGAUUGCUCCCGCUAGACUUCGCCUCCCUCAGGCUGUGCAGGGAAUGCAACUUAUCAGAAGCAAUUGCUGUGAUCUGGUAUUGGAAAGGGGAUACUGCAGUUUGGGGGGAGGGGGGUGUAAAUGAAGGUGGAACCUUGCUGCCCACAUUGCCUUGGAUUGUUAACUUUUCUGCCAGGAUUGCAGUUGCCUAAACUUCUGUUCUACAUCUACUGGCCUGAGAGGAAGAAGGAAAGUGUCGUAAACUAUGUUCUUGUUAAAAUAUUCAUUCCUAACUAGAUCAGGCCUCUUCUGUCACAAGUAAUAUGACCAGUGAGUGAAGGCCUACAUCCCAUAUUGUUCUGUGGCUCUUGAAAGCAAGUGAUUGCAGUGAGGGGGUCAGGAUUGAGGGUGGGAAAAAUGCAAGUUCCUGAGCGAAGGGGUUCGAGAUUCCCAAAUGCCCAGUUUGGUGUGUGCUCGCUUGGCUACACUUCUGUGAGUUCACCAACAAGUGGAAAGUGAGCCGGUGAGGGACCUGCGUCUGAACAACUGUUCGAGUGACAUGAAAGUGUCUGUUACUGCAUGCGACGUGCUCUUGAGUGUUUGUAUGCUUUUCCUUUCAAUCCAGGGAGGUCGCUUGUCCCGAAAUUUACGUUUCCUUUCACAAAUUGUGUACAAUUUCUACUGAGAACUUGGUGUCCGUGAUUUUUUUUAAUUAAAAGAUGAAAAAACCCUGAA